AUGGGGAUCGGAGACAGACCGACGCCACAAGUUGAGGGUAACGCGGCGACGACUUCGUUACUCGACCUGCCGCAGGAGCUAGUGAACCAGAUUCUCUCCGAGUUGACGGAGUCGAACCCAGGACCGUAUCGGUUCCGGUUUGAAGAUGCCGAGCCAUCCUUCAAUACCAAACGGGUAAAUCAAGGGUUGUCUACCAUGGCUAAGCUUUGCCGUACCAGUCGCGCACUUCACGAUUUGGUUGAGCCACUUCUCUACGAAUUCGUCUAUAUCCCUGAAGCAACAGCGAAGCCUCUCACAUCUUUAUUGAGGUGUUGGAAGUCUCGACCUCAUUGCGCAGGGUACACAAGACGUCUCACAAUCGAGACGAAAUGGGUCCCUGGAGGAACGCCUCCUCAAACCAUUCCCGCCGAAGAUGUCGCCUUUGUUUCUGAUGUCGCGAAGAAGCUGAGGGUUUACUUGCGCGAGACCUGGAACGAAUAUACCUGGAAUACGGAUAUACUUGUCGAACUCGCCAUGUUCCAGGCACGCCGCGUCCAAAGCGUGGAGCUGGAGUUUUGCCAGCUGCGAGGAAUCUACCGGCCCGCGUUCGAAUGCCUCCUCCCCGAACACGGUGACACGAAGCAUGUCAGUUUCGAUCAUCUCGAGUACCUCUAUCUUGUGCAGGCGGGAUGGAGAAUAGCCGAGCUCGAUCACGUCCUGGAUCGAGCACCAAAUCUCGCAAAGCUUCGGUUGUUCAUGUGCGACUUCAACUACCCCAGUCAGACGCUUCCGGAAAGUCUCACGAGCCUCUGUAUUCUACGUUGCCCCAUCACGCCCUCGAGGCUGGAGUCUGUCAUCCGGGGCAUGGAGAAACUGACUCGAAUUGAGUUCACGAUCUGGCGUGGCCAGCCUGAAGACUUGGCUAGUGUGAUUGCCGCCCUCUCAAAGCACUCCAGGACUCUCAAGAGCCUGACCGUCUGCUUCGGGUGGAAUCGAAGAUCCGGGACCUCCAGAGUCAAGGUACCGCUGGAUACGCUGACCGGCCUCGAGUCCCUUACCACCGAUGUGCGCAGCUUUGGUUUGGGGCCAACGGGGUUGGUGCAGUCUUUACCUCCAUCGCUAAGGAAAUUGCGUCUCAUACGAUCACCGGAGACCACAAAAGAGGAACUGGAGUUAUUCGCCUCUGAGGUUGCUGAAGCCAAGAAAUGGGGGCUAGAGGACCUCACGGUCGUAUCAUCGGGGCCGGAGUACUGGGAAGAGCUCGACAGUAGCCACGACACAGUCUUUGACUAUAAGGCUAUGUCGCUUCAAGAAUAA